CCGGACUCCAGCGUCCUUUCUUGCCUCCUCCUCUCCCAUCGUUGUCCCCGACUUCCUCGACCAGCAUGUCUCAAUACAACAUCCCGGUGCCGUUUCCGCCAGAAGCAGACUACAAGCGACAAAGUGCGGAGGUCCCCGGCACUCAGAGGCCUGGUCAGACAGGGCAUUACCGAUGCACCGCAUAUGAUCUGCUGACUUUACAGUCACCUCGGACGUUCAAGACGCUCACGGAGAUCUUUGACGAAGGACUCAGGCGUGCAGGAGACGGGCCCUUCCUUGGUCACCGACCUCUAGUAUCUAAGAAGCCCCUUAAGUAUGCUGACCAUUACGAGUGGUUAUCAUGGCCGCAGGUCGACGUGCGCAGACGCGCAUUGGGCAGUGCGGUCUACAAGCUCUUCCAGUCAGGAGCUUUGGGAGGAGGCCAAAUAGACACAGUCGGGAUCUGGAGCAAGAACAUGCCUGAGUGGCAGGUAAUUGACCUGGCACUCCAAGCUUACGGAAUGGUUGGAGUCAGUUUGUACGAUACGUUGGGAAAGGACUCUGUCGAAUACAUCAUCAAUCAUGCGGAAAUUACCAUCGUGUUUGCCACUUCGGACCAUAUUCCAUUCCUGCUCAACAUCGCGUCCAAAGUGCCCGGGCUCAAGGUGGUCGUGGCCAUGGAUGACAUCUCCGAUAAGAGCAAGGAGAUUCUUGCUGCUUGGGGCAGGGAAAAGAACAUCGAGAUCCAGACUAUGCAUGACCUGGAAGAGAUGGGCGCUGGCGAUCCCGUCGAGCCUAUCACGGCGACGGCGGACCAGCUAGCCACAAUCUGCUACACGUCGGGCACUACCGGGAAUCCCAAGGGUGUCCUGCUAACCCAUGGCAACCUGGCGAGCGAUGUCCAUUCGCAGUUGCAUGCCUAUAAUGUACACGAAGACAGGUGUUCUAUAUCAUAUCUUCCUCUAGCGCACAUCUACGAGAGAGUCAUGGCGCUUUGCAAUAUCGCAGUUGGCGGUCGCGUUGGCUUUUCGACGGGCGAUCCUUUGCGCCUCCUCGAGGACAUGCAGGUCCUCAAGCCGACUUUCGUCGCGGCAGUCCCGCGUGUCUUAAACAGGAUAUACCAGGCGGUCAUGGUUGCCGGAUCGGCACCGGGGCUGAAAGGCAAGCUGUUCCGCCAUGCAACGGAGGUGAAGAUACAGCGUUUGCAUAUCGAUGGCGAGCGCAGCCACCCACUGUGGGACCGUCUGGUGUUCAAGAAGGUUGCAGCUGCUAUGGGCGGCAAGGUUGAGCUGAUGGCCUGUGGAUCGGCACCGAUCAGCCCUACUGUCAUGAACUUCCUGCGGAUCGCCUUGUGCUGUGAUAUUCUGGAAGGUUAUGGCAUGACAGAGAACGGUGGUACUUGCACGCAUGUGUGGCCGAAAGACCCCACAUCGAGCGGAACGGUCGGGCCGCCGGUGCCUAACAUUGAACUUAAGCUCGUGGAUGUUCCCGCGAUGGGGUAUACCGCACAAGACAGGCCGUAUCCGAGAGGAGAGAUUUGUUGCCGAGGGGACGGAUGCUUCAUCGGGUACUUCAAAGACGAGAAGAACACCGUAUCCACUAUCGAUGAGGAGGGAUGGACACAUACUGGCGAUGUAGGACAGUUCGAUGAAUGCGGUCGUCUCAAGAUUGUCGACCGCGUCAAGAAUAUCAUGAAGCUCGCGCAGGGAGAGUACGUAGCGCUCGAAAACAUCGAGAACGUCUACAGCUCGUGUCCACUCGUGUCACAGCUCUUUGUGCACGGCGAUUCGCUGCAGUCGUAUCUCCUUGCCAUCGUGGUCCCUGACCCCAUUCAGUUUGCCGGCUUCCUUUCGCGAUUGUGGGGUGAGGCCGUGACGCCCGAGGAGGUGGGGCGGCUCGAAGAGGCACUGCGGGAUCCGAAGGUCAACGCGGCGCUUCUGACGGAACUUACGAAGCAGGCUCAUGCCGUGAAGCUCAGAGGCUUCGAGAUGAUCAAGCGCAUCCACCUUACGCUGGAUCCGUUCACGGUGGAGAAUGGCUGUCUCACGCCGACGUUCAAGGUUAGGCGGAAGGAGACCUAUAACAAAUUCAAACGCGAGCUUGACGCGCUCUACGACCUCCCCCCACCGCCGACGUCGGGGAAGCUCUGAACGUCCCUGUGGCGUCAUUCGCCAGACAGGCACAUAUCGUAUCAGAGUGUUGCCGUUGUCGAGUUUGGGUCAUCUUCCCUGCCUGCGCUCAUGUAUCCCCUGUUGUAGAUUAAUAUACUAACCUGCGCAGUGAAGCGCGGGCGUCAUACACGAUGUCUUCACUUGCAGAUGGCAAUGUUCUCAUUCAAUGGAUCAAAUGCCGCGUUUUACAUGACGCUGAAC